GCGGUUGAAAUAGUUUGCUCCCGUCAAGCGUCUACUCAAGGAUUCCAGUGAAAGAUUGAAAUAAUUUGUGUGAAAUUCAUACAAAUUUUACAGAAAUCACAAAAAUGCCGUCGUUGCAAACCGCACUACCUCCAGAACUUGCCAACAAUGUCAUCAGACUUUACCGUGAAUGCCUCCGACGAGCUAAAUAUAUUGGCAGUAAGAAUUAUAACACAGAACUUGUGGUUGGCAUGGUGAGGCAACAGUUCAGAAAACACAUGCAUGAGACAGAUCCGGAGAAAAUUCAGAAGUUAAAGGAUGAUGCGGCAAGGGGACUUAUAAAUCACAUAUUGCACGAGUCAGAAAGGCUGUCUGGUCGUAAGUUCAGCAAAAGCUAAGGUUUUGACUUCAUUGCAUUGAAGAUUAUGGUCCAUAUGUUGGUUUUGAUGAUCUUUCCAUUAGUACGUUGUAAUAACAGAUUUUAGUUCUGUUUACGGGUAAAUUUAGGUGUGCAUUUUUGCGAUAUAAACGAUUUUGGAAAUGUAUUGAACAAUUGCAAUUGUUCUGAACCAUAGUAGAAGAGAGUAGCUGGUUGAAUAAGUUUUUAAGAUUAUGCUAUGACGUGCCUUCCAACUGGCUGUUAUAGAAGUUUGAAUAAUUGAUGUAGUUUGGAUGAAAUAAUAAAUCUAUUGUUCUAAA